ACAUACGGCAGGCCUUAGUCGUUUUACGGCAAUAGUCUAUCGCUAUAAACAUUGCUCGACCCGUCUCGUGGAGCGCUUUGGUAAUAAAGCUGUACUGUUGCCCUUUUGCGAGAUAAUGGGCAUAGCAGAUGAAGCAGAUCGGACAUUGUUUGUGGGCAACUUGGACUCUCAAGUAACAGAGGAGCUUUUGUUUGAGCUGUUUUUACAGGCCGGGCCUCUGAUCAAAGUAAAAAUCCCGAGGGACAACGACGGGAAUUCGAAACAGUUCGCCUUUGUGAACUUUAAGCAUGAAGUCUCGGUCCCUUACAGCAUGCACCUGCUUGGGGGGAUCCGUCUUUACGGAAGGCAGCUCAACUUGCAGUUCAGAGCAGGCAGCAGUCAUAUAAAUCAGGAGGGAAAAAGCCCUGCAAACUCUCAGAACCUAAGUCCGGCGAGCACACCCACACACCGUGCUGCCAGGCAUGACCGGACUCCAGAUCAGAUGAGCUCUCCAUCAUUUUCUCCUCCUCAGAACUUUCAGAGGUCUUUCGCUUCACCAGACAGUCUUCAGAAGCAGGCGGUGAGGAACAACAUGUGGCAGGUCCAGAUGCAGCAGUUGGCCGGCACGUUUCAGCUCGGCAUGCAGCAGCAACAGUUCAGAGGUGGCUCAGGGAGCUCCUGGCAAAAAGACAGCCCCGCCCCCUGGAACCAAAGGCCCGCCCACCAGCAAGACUCCGCUGGCCACCACGGGCAUGGGAGCGGCAGCGGCGAGCGGCACCGGAGAAACGACUUCUACCAGCAUGAUGAUCGCAGCGGAGGCCGAAACCGAGAUUAUACACCUGACCGACGCAGAGAGCCGAGAGACGGACGCUGGAGACGAUACUGAGACCGAUUUCGUUUUAAAGUUUAAUUCUGAAAAACUGUUUGGCAAACCAGCAAUUUUGUUUUUAUAUGGUUUUCUUAAUUCUUUUUUACAACUUUUAAACUUAAGAUUCUUUUGUUAUAGAUUGUUAUAUAGUUACAAAUUUCAGCAAAAAAAAAAAAGAGCUUUUUAACUGGAAUGUACAAGAAAAAGAGUUACAAAAUACCUUGAAAGCAGAUUAUUACAUUUUACAAAUUUGUAUCUGGUUCAGUCUCAGGGUGCAGCUCGCAGUAUAUAUGAUGUCUAAUAAUUUUAAUAUGAGAAAUUAGUGGUUUUAUAUGAUUGGAUUUUUUUCUUUUUCCAGAUUUCACCGAUUAUCGAUCAGCCAGAUUUAUUGAAGCAUUUGCCAAAUGCUAUUUCUGGUCACAUAAUCACAUGAGCGAGUUCCGUGUGUGUCUCCUGAAUGAUUUAUUUCAUUUCUUUUUGUAAUUUAAAGCCAUGGUGUGCUUUUACCAGCAGGGGGCUUGUCCUUUAGAGCAGCUGUAUAAUUAAAGGCCAAUGUUAUUUCUCAGGAGUUUUUUUUUUUUUUUUUGAUAAAAUGAAAAUUCUGUUUUUUUUUUUUUUUAUGUUUCUGUUGAAAAAAAUGAUCAUGUAUCCAUGCUGUGUGCUCUAACUUUCUCCACUGUAAAUACAGCAUAAUUUUAACGUAUUAUUACUCGUGGUGUUGUCAUUCAUGCACAAGGUGUUUAAUAGGGUUGAGGUCGGUGCUUUAUAGCAGCUCGCUCAAGAUCUUCCACGCCAACCCAUAUCUUCUUGGAGAUGGCUUUGUGCACUGGGACAUCAUGCAGGAACAAGGUUUGGGUCUUUAAUUCAUUGGAAGGAAAAUGUCAUUCAACUACAUUCGAAGACUUCAUGCACAUUCAAAUUUGUGGUAACAGUUCAGGGAUGAAACACCUACGGCUGGAAAAGUCAGACAUUUCUUUUAAUCUUUAUAUAAAAGGUGUCUGUGUGGUUGAAGGACUGAUUACUAUGAAAUAGUGGAUGUAGAUGUUUUUUUUGUGGCAUUGCCUGUUCAGAUUUUCUUGUUG